AACUAAUUUCGCUAUAGCGAUUAAAUAUAAAAAAAAAAAUAGUGUUCUAGUUUGGAAGACAACGAACAACGAUGAGUUCAGAUAUUGAUCCUGAUUAUUCCACCCGCCGUUUGCGGCAAAGACAAACUAAGAAAGGCGAAUCUAAUGACGAUAAUGUUGCCAAUGAAUCAGAGAAGAACAAGCGAAGAGGAAAGAAAAGAGGUCAACAUUACGGGAAAAAUAGUGCUUAUGAUGAAUAUGGGAUUAUUCGCUACAAUGGAUUAGAUAUCUGCGACUGCAUGAGCGCAAAGUGUGAUGGAUGCUGGUACGAAUGUCAAUGUUGUGGCUCUACCAGGUGCGGUCCUACCUGUAGAGCUAAUCGAAAGUUUUUCUACGAAGGAAUUAACUACGAUGGAAAGGACUUAUCCAUAACUAAUCAAUUCCUUCCGAAAUGAACUGAAAUAGUUUUAAAGCAGCUAUGUACGUAUGUAAAUAUGUAUGUAUGUACAUGACGCUGUUAAACUAGAUCAUGAGCUAAGUAACAUACAUAUGUACUACUAUUUUUAAAUACACAUUUUAAUGUAAAUUUGAUUCUAUACAAAACUACAACGGAUCAACGUAUUCGCAUCCUGGCGGUAAAGGUUUGGAACUACUGGGUGUUGAAAAAUGUUAUAUUCCUUAAACAAAGGCCGCUUGUUCAUCUGUGGGGGUCCUUCAGGCAUCUAAAUAUAACCAACGAUUUUAGCAACCAAUUUGAGUUCAGGACUUCGGCCAGAUCCAGAGAAUAGGGUAGUUGAAGGAACAGUUCGUUCCGGUUCCCGAAAAGGAGACAGACUCGCAAAGAGAUGGCUGAAGCAUUCAGGCGUGGAGCAGGACGCGAUCCACGGGUUUUGCAGAGGUCCGUUAGUGUCCUCGGAAAGGGCAGUCGGUAGCUCCUGGACGACCUCCGAGUGGAGAUGGAGAACUAUGUCUCGCUCGUCAAGACAAGGCCAUAAUCGGCAAGGCGAACAUCUCUGUGGAGUCUAACAGAAUGAGCAAAGACUUUCCUUUAGAUACAUAUGCCCGUUAGUGGAGGGCGCUGAACCUGGGCAUUACUCUCAAGAAGUGGACAAGAUGCUGGAACUAGAAGUGAUAGGCCCUGUCGAUAGACCGUGUAACCUUGAUUAGCCGUCCCUAUAUAUAUAUGUAUAGGUAUAUCUAUUUAUUAAUUGCAUAUGUAGUACAUAGUAUUAAUAUAUAUGUAUGUACUGUAUUUAUUCAUAGAUUUAAUCAAAUCUUCCCCCAUUACGUAAAGAUUAUGAGGCCGCAACAGUCGAGCGCUCAGCCAAAUUUUUGUGUCAUAGUUACAGUUAAAUGUGUUGAAACGUUCGGUUGAAAAUUAUAACGAAAAUAUGAA